ACCAAUAAGUUCUUUAUCUAUUCUAUGGCUACAACUUACUGCAUACAACCUAUAAUAUCGUUUUACCGCGUAAAAUCAUAUCGAGGUCUUUGUGAACCGCGUGUGCGUGCGGGUGAGCGCCCACUUUGAAUGGUUUACCACUACUCAGUACUUACUAACCACCAGGCAUUAUAUUAUUUUGCCUCCAAAUCUACGGGGUACGUCUACUGUUGUCUAGGCCACACGGCACACGUAUCGUUUUCAUUCGUUCUCAGGUUCUUCUCAUUUCACGUUUGCCGUUCGAUCACUAUUUUCUGCAUCUAACGUUAUUUGAUUGACAACCGACGAUAAUAUUUACAACGACGAUGUCGAUGAAUAAGGAAAAUGUAAUGGACAAUUCGCAACAGCCACAGAAAACUAAACAUUUUUUGGAAUCCGUGACUGACUAUAGAACAAAUUUUGAUGCCACAAUUGAACCCUUAUUGAAAGAUAAUCCAAGACGUUUUGUCAUUUUUCCUAUUAUAUAUGAUGAUAUCUGGGCCAUGUAUAAAAAACAGGAAGCUUCUUUUUGGAAUGUAGAAGAAGUCAAUUUAAAAAACGAUCUUGAUGAUUGGAUUAGAUUGACUGAUGAAGAACGUCACUUUGUAUCCCAUGUAUUAGCAUUUUUUGCUGCUUCGGAUGGCAUUGUUAAUGAAAAUCUUGUUGAACGAUUUUCUCAAGAAGUUCAAGUAACUGAAGCUAGAUGUUUUUAUGGAUUUCAAAUAAUGAUGGAGAAUAUACAUUCAGAAAUGUAUAGCUUGUUAAUUGAUACAUAUAUUCAGGACCCAAAAGAAAAAGACUUUUUAUUUAAUGCUAUUGAAACCAUGCCAUGUGUUAAAAAAAAGGCAGAUUGGGCUCUUAAAUGGAUAAGUGAUAGUAAGGCAACUUUUGGUGAAAGGUUAGUGGCAUUUGCUGCUGUUGAAGGUAUAUUUUUCUCUGGAAGUUUUGCCGCAUUAUUUUGGUUAAAAAAAAGAGGAUUAAUGCCAGGCUUAACUUUUAGCAAUGAGUUAAUUUCUAGAGAUGAGGGUUUACACACAGAUUUUGCCUGUCUCUUAUUUAAACACUUGGUUCAAAAACCACCUCAAGAUAUUAUUACACAUAUAAUUCGUGAAGCAGUAACUAUUGAACAAGAUUUUUUAACAAAUGCUUUACCUGUUAGAAUGGUUGGCAUGAAUUGUGAAAAGAUGGCCAUUUAUAUUGAAUUUGUAGCUGAUAGGCUGUUAGUUGAAUUGGGAUGUCCUACAGUUUACAGAUCAUCAAACCCGUUUCCAUUUAUGGAACUUAUAUCUCAACAAGGAAAGACAAACUUUUUUGAAAAAAGAGUAGGUGAUUAUCAAAAAGCUUCAGUGGCUGUUACUGAAACUCCUCAUUUAUCAACAAUGGAUAUAACUGAUAAGGACUUUUAAAUUAUAUUUUUGGUAGUGGCUUUUUUUUCUUUUAUUUGUGUACUUAUUUAUUUAAUGAUUUUUCCCUUCCCCCACAAGAGGGGGGUAAUAUGUUACUUUAUUUAACCAAAAAGCACUAUAAGCACUCUGUAUUUUGUUUGUGAAUAAUAUUAUUAUAUCAAUGACGUAUUUAUAAUUCAAAGAAAACUUUAUUUUUAAAUUUUAUAAUAAAAAGAAAAAGUAUUUAAAAUUUUAAUAAAUUAUACUAUUAUACUUUGCAUACUUGUCAUAUUUAUAGUUGUAAUUGUAAUUUAAAAUUUAGAAAUAUAUGACAAAUGUGUUGUAAUUAUUUUACUUGAUCUUUUAAUUUUAAUUUCUAGAUAACAAAUGAUGUGUUAACUAAAUAAAAAAAAAUUUUAAUUUA